AACAGAGUGAGAGAGCGAGAGAGAGAGAGAGCGAGCAGUUGAUGGAGUGUGUUGUGUACUGUUUAUUUUCAUUAUAAAUCAGAACAGUGAUGAAGGCGGAGGAGACAGAGCCCGAGUCUAAAUUCGGAGAUCCGAGGAAGUUUGACCCGAGUUUUAAAGGCCCGAUACAUAACAGGAGCUGCACUGAUGUACUGUGUUGUAUCCUCUUCAUCCUGGCACUGAUGGGGUACUUUGCAGUGGGAAUUCUGGCCUGGUCUCAGGGAGAUCCGAAGAAGGUGAUUUACCCCACAGACAGCAGGGGGCAGUUCUGUGGGCAGCAGUUCACAUCACUGGAGAAAAAGCCUCUGCUAUUUUACUUCAACAUUCUGAAGUGUGCGAGUCCACUAGUGCUGUUGGAGUUGCAGUGCCCUACCACACAGAUAUGUGUAGAGAAGUGUCCGGAUCGUUUCCUGACCCUGGUGAAGGCGAAGCUGAAUACUCAGAACUGGCAGUAUUACUCACAGUUUUGUAAGCAGGACGUCGACCUCACAAAGUCUGCACCAGAGCUCCUGCGGGACAAGGCAUGUCCAGCUAUGAUCUUUCCCAGCAAGGCGUUUACACGCCGAUGCCUCCCGGCUCUGGAGACGAAAAAGGAUGGAGUUGUUGUUAUCGGCAACGAGACGUCUUUCACAGUUGAAAACAACACGAAUGUAAACACCACUGACCUGCUAGAGGCAUCAAAGAAGUCGAACAUCGUGAUGGAGGCGCGGCAGGUGUUCAUGAGGAUCUUUGAGGAUUACACACAGUCCUGGCACUGGAUCCUGCUUGGGUUGGCAGUAGCGAUGGUGCUCAGUCUGCUGUUCAUCGUGUUGUUGCGGUUGUUAGCGGGGGUGAUGGUGUGGGUGAUGAUCAUCAUGGUGCUGCUCGUUAUUGCAUACGGUAUAUUUCACUGUUACAUGCAAUACGUGCAGUUUCAAGGACAGCCCGGUGCAGACGUGUCUAUCACAGACUUGGGCCUGCAGACGGACUUCUCUGUGUAUCUGCAGCUACAGCAGACGUGGCUUGCCUUCAUGAUCAUCCUGUGUAUUGUGGAGGUCAUCAUCAUCCUCCUGCUCAUUUUCCUCAGGAAACGUCUCCAGAUUGCCAUUGCUCUGAUUAAAGAGGCCAGCAGGGCGGUGGGUCAUGUGAUGUCAUCACUGUUCUAUCCCCUGCUGACCUUUGCCCUUUUGGCUCUGGUAAUUGCGUACUGGGCCAUCACUGCUGUUUUUCUGUCAACGUCCAACACUGCGGUAUAUAAAGUGUUUAACAACAGUGAGUGUGAGUUCAGCAGGCAAACGUGUGACCCUCAGACGUUUAACAUCUCGAACAUAUCCUCGGUGUGUCCUGACGCUGAGUGUAUAUUUGCGUUUUACGGCGGUGAAACGUUAUAUCACAGGUUCCUGAUUCUGUUCCAGUUCUAUAACCUCUUCCUGUUCUUCUGGUGUGUUAACUUUGUGGUGGCGUUGGGUAAUGUGACCCUGGCCGGAGCGUUUGCCUCUUACUAUUGGGCCUUCAAGAAACCUGAAGAUAUCCCAGCAUUCCCCAUCUUCAGCUCGUUCGGCCGCGCCCUCAGGUAUCACACAGGUUCUCUGGCAUUUGGUUCUCUCAUUCUGGCAAUCGUUCAAGUGAUCAGAGUUGUGCUAGAGUACCUCGAUCACAAACUGAAAGGAGUUGAGAACAGAUUUGCGAAGUUCCUGCUCAGCUGCCUGAAGUGUUGCUUCUGGUGUUUGGAGAAGUGCAUCAAAUUCAUCAACCGAAACGCCUACAUCAUGGUGGCGAUUUAUGGCAAAAACUUCUGCACAUCUGCUAAAGACGCCUUCUUCCUCCUCAUGAGGAACAUCGUCAGGGUGGCCGUUUUGGACAAAGUGACUGACUUCCUGUUGUUUCUGGGGAAACUGCUUAUUGUGGGAAUUGUAGGAAUCGGCUCCUUCUUCUUCUUCUCUGGGAGGAUAAAGGCUGUGGAGGAAGCAGCACCAUCAUUAAACUACUACUGGGUUCCUAUACUGACCGUGGUAUUUGGGGCGUAUGUGAUCGCUCACGGCUUCUUCAGUGUGUAUGCGAUGUGUGUGGACACACUGUUCCUCUGCUUCUGUGAGGACCUGGAGAGGAACGACGGCUCCACCGAGCAGCCGUACCUCAUGUCCCCCGAGCUGCAUGACAUUUUAUCUGUUAGCAAAGUGACAGCGGUGGAAGAAAGAAAAGAAGGAGAAGAAGAAGAACUGGCACUUCAGGAAAACGGAGAAGUGCAGCUCAAACAGCAGGAGAGUCUCAAGCAGGAAAAUGAGGAAGAAACACCACUAAUGCAGGAGACAGUGUUAAAGCAGGAAGUAAUGUUAACACAGGAAGUGCCGCUAAGACAGGAAGUAGCGCUAACACAGGAAAUAACACUAACACAGGAAGUGCCGCUGAAUCAGGAAACAGCAGGACUGCAGGUAACAACGCAGAAGGAAGAAGCAGAGCUAAUGCUAACACAGGACGAAGUGAGGGUAAAGGAGGAAAAAAAAGAAGAACAAGGAGUUGAAUUAGCGAUGCCAGGUCCUCAAAACACAGUGCAGCAAAACGGAAUUCACGAGGACGACGUGCAAGAGGCCGAGGAGUCACGAGAAGAAGAACAGCAGGAACCAGAAGAACCAAAGCCUCUGGAGAACGGUCCUCAGGAGAGCGAGACUCCGCUAACGCCUCAGAACGAGUGACAUGACAUGGCGAGAAACAGUGACUGGAGGAUCUGGAGCGUAACGACGGCUCGGCUGGCAAGCCAUACUUCAUGAAUCAGGAUCUGAUGAAGACGCUGAAGAAGAAGAACUUGGCCUAGUCUGACCAGUGAGGGGAGGGAGAUGUCACCUACGCCCUACCUAGUGUACUAUAACUCACCUGUGUACCCUCAGAUGUCCCUCAGCGCACUUCCCUUUAUCUGGGAUCUGAAAUCAUCAAUCCUCAUAUAGUGUUCGGCAGCUUACUAAACCACAAAACAAGUGCACUUCUGAUGGAAUGAAGUAUACAUUAGUUUGGCUAAACAACUGAUACUGCACCCUACUUGGUGCACUAUAUGUCCAGUACUGAGAUUACGCUCCCUCCUUCAUAUUUAAGUGUACUACAUUACAAAGGGUAAAGACUAUUCUGCGCCGCGUAGUGCACUGCACCACACAUAUUAAAUAAAGUUUUCUACACCUGCGUAUGCACUGUAUAUAUCUAAUAUAGAAAAAUAAAAUUUGAGAUUAAAGUGUAGUGAAAUGAUGCACCCUAUACCCUAAUUAGUGCACUAUAAUCUGAAGUAUUUGAGACGAAGCCCCCUUUUAUGUAAAUAUGAAGUAAUACAGUAUAUAUUAGACCCUGUGUAGUGCACUAGAUGUCUAACCGGGAGUGUGUGUGUGUGUGUGUGUGUGUAAAUAAGGAUAAGUGUUUGAGCUGUCAGUAUUUACAUUUAUAUUUACAUUUCCUCGCGCUGCUGUAAAAGUGUUGAAAUUUAACGUUGUUUUUUUUUUCUUUUAGCAAAUUUUGUAUUUAAACUGCAUUAUGAUCAAACAACUGCUAAUGUAUUAAUACGAAACUGUAAAUACUGUAAAAUGUGAGCAGAAUUAAACGAUGUUUUUAAGUAAAAAAAAGGGGGGGUAAAACAACAACAACAAAAAUUCCAACUAAACCUCAUCAUUGUGUAUUUAUUACACUGUACACCAGCUUUUAUAUUUUAAAUAAACAAAAAGACAAAGGC